AUUUUGUUUCACUCUUUUAGGUGCUGGGGAUUUCACAGGAUUGCCAUAAAAACAAAAUUCAGACCAAUGCAGUCACUCGCAAUAACGUGGCCCUCUGGGACCCGGAAAGGGAAAACUCCUUCACUUAUAAUAUCAGCUGUCCAUCUCUUGCAGCUGUGAGGUUUUUAGCAGUCGUUGAUAAAGAUUCUCCUCCUCUUGUUCAAGUUGUCAUGGUCAAUUCUCUGAGGGAAGGGCUCCAGCAUGUCUAUUUUCCUGAUGGAAACAUAUUCUGUGACACACGCCCAUCAAGCUUGUUUAUCACUGUCAUGAAGAAAUCAAAGUGUGGUGGUUGUGAAAGCCCCAUUAAGUUGUCUCUUAUUGAUCAUUCUGAGCCUUCUGCCAAGCACUUUGAGGAAAUAUUGGAAUCAAUCUCAGAGAAGCCACUUUCAACCGUCACGAUACGUUAUAACGACUUGCCUCGCAUUGAUCAUGACCCUGUCUCACUUUUUGCUGAUCCUUGUACUAAAGCAAGUGAACUUCUAAUUGGAGCCUUGGCACAGCUUGGCAGUACCAUAAAAGCUGCCUGUCCAUACCUGAAGGACAGAGAUGAUGAAGAUGAGCUCCUUCGCUAUUUUGGCUUCAUCUUGUGCAGGGAAGAGAAGGGACGCCUGAUCAAAGUCCAGUCAUUAGAUCCUGAUGAGCUGGUUCUUCCUUUAGUAGAGAGGAACUCUGUCCUUACCAUUGUCUUGAAAGGAACGGAGUGUGGGUCUCCUUUUCAUUGCCCUCCACUUCACGGGAGCCCAGUUCGUUCCAUUUUGAAGGGUAUUUCUGCUACUCUUGGAAACCCAAAUAUGCUUUCAGUUGGAAGGGCUAGUAGGAGGUCUUCUCAAGUUGAGUUUCCUCCUAAGCUUCAUCGCCCAGCUACUAUAGAGUUAUCAAAGACUCCACAAUCAACAGCGGCAGCAGCACGCCAAGAGCUCCUUGUUACAGCAGAAAUGAAGCUAAAUGUGAAGAGUCCCUCUCCCUCCCCUUCUCCCUUUGCCUCUGUCUCUUUUUAUCCCUCCGUCCGAAAGUCUGCAUGCGCCAUAGCAGAAAUAACCAGGAGGGAAAUAGGAGGUCGAAGGAGAGUCACUGUUCACAGCAAACCAGAAUCCGUUGAUUACAUAUUCUACAAAGCAUUUGAGGAGCAGGCAAAGAAGGUCCCAUCUCAGGACACACCACAGCAUGGAGUCCAACCUGGUGCUGUUGGGGGUCCUCCUCCACCUCCUAGGAGGCAUUUCCAGGGCCUUCAGAGGCGGGAUUUAAACCGCUCUGUUAGUUUUGCUUCUUUUUCGAAGGGCCCGGAAGACUCUCCUGCUCACCCUCCAGUGAGACGUGAGAGCAAGAUCAAGAGACAAAUCAAGAAGUUUUUUCAAGGGAAAAGAUCCCUUCGAUCAGCUCGCACUCAGGCAUCGAUACGUAUUGAAAAGCAAGUGAGUGAUGAAGGGUUUCAGGCUUUUAGUGAGCCGUCAUUGGGCGAUCAAAAUGAAAAGGAAAAGGGAGAGAGGGGAAGGAGGGGAACAAGGAGGAGACGUGAAGAAAGGUUUCAAGAAGAUAAAAUGGAUAUAGUUGAGGUUGUUCCUCCAGCUUUGGAGCCCGUUGAAGAGGGAAGACAUCCUUCCAAAAGGCACAGCACCGGGAUAAUGAAAGGAGGAGGAGCCAAGCUGCUGAAGACCAGUUCCCAUCCAAAGCUGAGGCACCCACCAUAUCUGGAGAGUUCAAUCUAAGUAUGUUUGUUAUUCAAGUGGAAUGAUCAAGAACGUAAUAUUUGAUAUUUUAAUUUUAAUUUUGUCAUUCAAGUCAAUUUCAUCCGUAUAUUGUUUAUGUUUG